UCCAUUUCAUCAUGGCCCAGAUCCAGGAUCUUCCAAGUGAGCUGAUCCAUGAGAUUGUGUCAUAUUUUGUUGUGCCCCACUCCACGCAAGGCGAACGCGACGGUGCUGCUGUUCAAACGCUGGUAAACCUUUGCCGGACUUCUCAUGUUUUCUAUGAAAUCGCUCAACCGGCGCUUUAUACUAGUGUGGAAAUCUCGAAGCCGUCCGGUUCUCCAUUGAGGUCGCUCAAAAGCUAUAUGAGGACUAUACUACAACGCCCAACGCUCGCCAGGUACACGCGACAUCUCAAAAUAUACGAUGCUGUGGCACUUCGCUACAUUUGGUCUGCCAUGUUGGAGGAGGAUUGCUCCCUGGAAAUCUCCGCUCUGAUUGGAGGUCAUCCUGGCCAAGUAGAAUCCAAGUUCAUCCAUGAUUCAUAUGCUCUUGAAGUUCUAAAGCGGCUACCCAACCUGGAACACCUCUAUUUUGUCGCGGAGAUGCAGCCACUUGAUAAGCUCAUGAAGAUGCUUGUUUCUGAAAUGCAUUCACAACCUUCUGUGUUGUCCAGGAUCAAAACAUUUACAUUGCACAAACGGUACGAGCGCGGCGGCUUAGAUCUUAGUGCCUACAUUCCUCUGAUCAGUCUCCCGACCUUCAAGGAAUUUCGAACUGUGAAUGACGUUCCCGAUGUCCCUUGGGGUCACCCAUCAGUCAAUUAUAUAUCAAAGUCCGAACUCACCUUGUUGUGGGCUAUGUUCAAUAAAACGACGUGGCACGAACUCCUGACGGCAUGUUCGCCCUUAGUGAGUUUGGUGUACCGCUUGCCAGACUUCGACAGAUUUAAUAGUGAGAUGAUUGACAUUGGCCAUUUGAUCUGUGUUACACCGCGAGAUUUCGUCAAAGUCAUCUCACAAACACACUGCGAAACAUUGCGGACACUGACAGUGAGCUUUUUCCCUUUAAUGAGGGUUACUACGGGCUCCAUCGAACAACUGGCGGAUGAUGAGGAUGGUGAACAUGAGCUGGAAAACUCGUACUUGACUUAUCCGCCGUUCCACGAUUUCAAGUGCCUCACCAGCUUGACCAUCGAGUAUGACAGACUCAAUAAGCUAGAGGACCUCCCUUCUUCCCUAGAAUUUCUAAACCUCGAAGUCUGUCGAUUCGGAAACAUCUCUCGUUCGAGGCUCACUGGUUUGAUUGACUUGAGCACGAGCAUUUGCCCAGCUAUCCAAAGCGUCAAAGUGAGCGGACCAAAUUGGCAGACGCAUAAACUGGAACUCAUUGUAGAGCUCGCAAUGCUAUUGGAAACUCCUACACGGUUCUAUACUGAUGGCGACUAUAGAAGACUUUAUUUCACCGGGACUGCAAGCCACUUGAAAUUUGUUGAAUACGCGCCUCGUUAUGAAUACUAUUCGGACUCCGAGAGUGGCGAGUCGUCCGAUAUGGAGGACACUAUGACUCAGGAUUCUGAGGACGAAACUUAA